AUGGCGCUCAUCAGAGCCACUGCGCUACCUACUCCCCUGCCGCAGAGCGAGCGAGGUAACGACAGCAUCAUCGGCAACCUGAGCGACACGACGAUACAGUAUCUGCAAGCUGUGAAAAUCCUCUCGUCCUUCUUGGGUGGACUCUCGCAGGUGUCGCCGUGGAUCCUAACGAGCUCGACCAACGUUGCUAAAACACAAGCGGCACGAACAACAACCGCUGGGAAGCCGCAGACGUGCACGCCUUCCUCAUUCUUCAGCCGAGUUGCAACACCUUUGCAACCACCCUUGAUCCGACCUCCCGCCGCACACGCAUAUCAAAUUCAAGCUCUCACCAGCCUUUUCUUAACUCAAGUUCAGAAUGCUUUUCAGCAGAGGAUACUACUAUGUGGGCUUACCUGUGCAAUCACAUUCAACGGAUAG